CCCCGGGUGAAAUCCGGGGUACAACAUACUUUAAGUAUGAAAACGCUAAGCAUCGAUUUAGCAGAAUUUCUGGACAUGAUACUACACCCUAACCCUUAAUGAGUGAACUAUCGGUCCUAAUUAUCUAAAUCAUAAACUAUAUACCUUAAGAUGGUGCAUUCAAUUUUUUUCUCCUAUAUUUGGACGAAUUAUAACCGUCAAUUAUUGUUUCUAAUUAAAUUGAUCUUGGGGUAUAAGAUUUAGAGAGUUAAGACCUAAAUUUUGAUCUUUAAGGAUUAGAUUAUAGUAUCAUGUUUGAAAAACCAGUCAUUUCAAAAUCUAAAUAAUUUUUUCAUAUUCAAUUUAUGUGAUACCCCGAAUUUCACGUCGCGUACAGUAAAACUCACCAUAUAUUAUAUCACAUCCAAUCUACUAGACACAUCAACUCCAAGGGUAGGUCACUAGAAAAACUACUCAAGCUUCUCUCUACGAGAUUGAUGAAGUUCUCUCGCAAAACAAAGAUGUUUCCCUCCAAUGAACAAUUGUAGUUAUCUUUUUUUUUUUUAUAAAAUAAUUGUAGUUAUCUGUUAUCCCAUUUAAUACACUAACAUACCAGAUCAUAUACAAAAUUCUUGUCUUUGAGGAUACAUAAAUCUCCUAAAAGUGGUACUCCUAGUUUCAUUUGGACACCUUGGCAUCACAUCCAACAACAUCUAUAAUGUAUUGAACAAGGUAAUCCUUUGGUUUUAACACCAAAGAAGCACCGCCGGCAAAAUGGAAGUUCAUGGAAGGAAACAAACUGAGAUAACUGGAACUAACUAGGUUUCACUGUUACCGCUUGACCAUUGGAUCAACAUCCAACAUACACCUGUUGACUAUAAUGCAUCCCUGACCCCAUCCAAGAACAAAAAAAAAUCUGAAUCGUUAAAUGUCGCCCUAAGAAUUGCUGAACGUCGCCCUAAUUUAAAUGGCAAAUUACCUAUAUACCCUUAAUGAAAAUUGAAAAAAUGCAACAACCAAACAACCCUUUACCCUCCUUCCCAGCGGGAGACGAAUCCCUCUUCCCAUCCACCCUCUGCAACUCCUUCCCGCCGCCGCCGCCGGCAAACCCCUCCCCCUCUGCAACUCCUUCCCGCCGGCGCGCUGUUCCCGUCGCUGAAGAAGAAGGUGUCGCGCGCUGUUCCCAUCGCCAGAGAAGAAGGAGUCAACCGCGGUCAACGUGCGGUUGAACUAACGGCUGACCGCGGUCAAAGGGCGAUUGACCGAUGGUGUAUCAAUGAAGAUUUAUUAGGAGACUAACCGUGUCGACUGCCCCAGUAGAUGAUUGAAGCCACUUCUUGAAGGAGGAAUGGGCAGCUUCAACCCUAUUAGAGCUUGUGUUACCCAAAUGUUGCACUUGAUUGGUAUAACAGUUAGCCCACAUGUGUCUAACUGGUAACCACUCAGCUGUCAUAUACCCCCAAAGACGUCGGUACUGUACUCCCCAACUACGUCUGAAAUUGUCUAAGGCAGUAUCCAUGUCUUCCACUGUCAAUGCAUAUACAACACGUUGCCAAGACGCCAUGAUAUGAUCCACUGUCGGUUUGGCUGCAUCUAUACCACAAAGAAAAAUAUGUUACAACUGUUCAAAAUUUUGUCAUCUAAUCUUUGCCUCGUGUAACUCCUGCCUCCUAUUCUCAUACAAAGAAAAUAAAUCAUAUGCAUUACCAUUUCCUUCUCUAUAAAUUAUGAGAAUACAAAUAUUAGAAAUCUAAAAAAAAAUUAGCAACUAAUAAGAGGGUUUUGUUUAUUUUUAUGGUGGUUCACAUACUUUCUUGAUUUCUUAUUUUCAAAGUUGGUUUUUAUUUCUAAUGAGACAAUCAAAAUGGGGAAAGGGACACAAAACAAAUUAAAAGUUUGCAUUAAUAAUUAAUAUGUUUUCAUUUAAUCGGAAUAAAUAAGAAUUAAAAAAAAAUUAUUGUUGUGUCAAGUUUAUAUUCAAACUUUUUGCUAUAAAACUCUUAUACUUGUUUUAUUUGAUAGGUAUAUACAUUAGAAAGAAGUGAGUGUUUGAUAGCAAAAAACAUAUAGUCAUAUCGUUCAUUUCUCAAAGUCGAUUGAUUAUCAAACGCUUGUUUUCUCUUAGACCAUCGUUUAUAUUUUUUUUAAUUAAAAAUUAUUAUUAUUUAUGUGUGCGCUUGUUUUGUUCUUCAUAAAAAUGUAACUUAUUAUUAAAUUUUAGUAAAAAUGAGUAGAAAAUUUACUUAAUCAGAUUUAAUCAGCUUGGGUUAAACAAAUACGAUAUAUGUCACUCUCUGUUUCCAUCUUUAUAGUUUGUUUAAUUGAAAAAAAAAUAUUAUUACUUAUGUAUGUGUCUGUUUGUUUAAAUGUUUUCUAUAAAAUUAACUAAUUUUAAUUUUAGUAAAAAUGAGUAGAAUUAUUAAAAGAAGAGAGAGAUAACUUCAUAAAUAGAUCAAUAAAUAGUUUUUUGUUUGUAAAAAAAUUGUCCACCUUGGUAACUUGUGCAUUCACCAAGUGCUUAUGUGGCAAGAAGUUAUUUUUGAAUAGUCAUAAUAUUUAGUAUAGAUAGAUAGAUAGAUAGAUAUAGAUAUAGAUAGAUAGAUAGAUAGAUAGAUAGAUAUAGAUAGAUAGAUAGAUAGAUAUAGAUAUAGAUAGAUAGAUAAUUGUUGGUGGUUAGUGCAAAUUAAUUAGGAUUUGGUGGAAAAUUUUCUUUAUUAUUAUUAAAGCCCCAAUGAGUUUUAUAUAAAUAACAAAGACCCACUUCUAAAAAUAAUUUUAAUGUUGAUAAGAAAAAUACAUAAUUUGUAAGACUAUUAAGGGAUAUGAGUCUUACAAAUUAUAUAACAACACUCAUACUUUACUUAUAAUCUAGGAUAAAUAUAAUUUAUUUGCAAAAUCUUUUGAACUUACAAAACAAACCAUUAUACAUAUCUAAAACACACCAGACACUUGCAAAUGCAUUCCACAAAGCUACUAAAACAUACCAGAAACACUAUAAAGCAAAUCACAAAUAUUGCAAACGCACACCAUAGACCUCAUAAUGUAGACCAUAGUUAGUAGAUACUUCGUUUAAUACACGUAUAUGUACCCGUACGUAGUUUAUCGGUUUAAAACUUUCGUAUCCGUAUUAUUGUCAAGCCAUUUGAUUUUCUUCCAUUCAUUUGAUGACUCUUGUACUAAACAUGUAUAAAACCC